GCAUGUCUCCAGUGUUUUGCAGUAUGGAGGGGGAGUCCUUUUCAGCCCUGUGUACCCCUGCUUUGGUGGUCGAUGUGGACAAAGUGAAGAGAAACGCACAAAGGAUGAUCGAGCGCUGCCACAAACUGGGAGUCCAACUCCGACCGCACAUGAAGACCCAUAAAACCCUUGAAUGUGCGGACAUCAUGACAGGUGGAUCGAGACGGUGCAUAGUGGUCUCCACCUUGGCAGAGGCCAGUUUCUAUGCUGAGCACGGCUUUGAUGACAUCCUAUAUGCAUACUCUCUUCCCUUUGACAAGGUGGAGCGCUGUGCUGCCUUGUCAGAGAGACUGGAUCUUUUCCAAGUUCUGCUUGAUCAUCCUGAUGCCCUGGACCAGCUCAAAAAGAGGCCCCUGAGUGGUGGCAGGCAGUGGCACGUGUGGCUAAAACUGGACUGCGGCAAUGGGAGAGCUGGCAUCCUGCAUUCAGAGCCUGAGGCACUCCAACUGGCCCAAGCCAUCGCUGAGACAGAUGGGGUGGAGCUAACAGGAGUGUACGCCCACUGUGGGAACACCUACAACUGUAGGGGAGUGGAGCAAAUACAGGCUGUCGCCCAAGAAACCACCAACUUUACCCUGCAGUUCAUGGAGAGAUUGAAGGCUGUUGGCAUCAGUUGUAAGUCCAGCAUUGGCUCCACCCCUUCCUGUAGUCAUCCUGUCAAGGACAUGGGAAAGCUUAGCGAGGUGCAUCCUGGAAACUACGUCUUCUACGAUGCCAUGCAGUCCAUUAUUGGAUCUUGUAGUCUGGAUGAUGUGGCUGUGAGGGUUUUGACGAGAGUCAUUGGACAUUGUCCUCACAGAAACCAGCUCCUGAUCGACUGUGGAUGGGCUGGAAUCAGUUUGGAGGGAGCUGGAAAACUUCCCACUGGAUAUGCUGUGAUCGAAGGGCAUCCAAACCUUAAGUUGUUGUCUAUGACUCAAGAGCACGGGAGAGUGGAGCCCAUCUCAGGUCCACUGGACUACAGCAAAUACCCCAUUGGCUCUCUGCUCACCUUGAUCCCUUACCACUCAUGUGCGACAGCCAUGAUGCACCCUGUGUACCACGUGCACUCUGAGGGUUGCCUGCUGGGGAAGUGGACGCCAACCCGUGGCUGGUGAACAUCUGUCCAGCUGCGCAUUUAAAGCAGCUUCAGUUGAUUUGAUAUGAAGAGAGAAAACAUAUCGUAUUGUUCUUAGUAUAUAGAUAUAUGCUAAAAGAAGAACUUGUGAACUAAUUUUGGGUAUAGAAGUAGUAGACCUGUUCACUGCAUGCUGACUCUAAAAAGGUGACAGAAUUACUGGGGGUGAAGACAAAUUGAUUUUAAUUUCUAACUAAAUAAAUUGGUAAUUAACAUUUUCUGUGAUUCUACUGUUUAUUUUUGUGUCAGUGUUAUUCUACAAGGAAACUAUGUGACUCUUAACACAAGGAACUUCUGAAUGUUCAAAUUAGCUAAUUUGAUGUGGUUCAGUUGGAAUUCUUUGAUAUUAAACUCUGUAAGUAAAGAUAAUUAUUUGAGUUUUAGUGACUGCAUAGAAUUUGAAACUUUAGGCAUAUGUGAUUUAUCAAAAAAAUAAUUU